AUGUCCAGCGAUGCCCUUCGCUUUUAUUACUUACGCCUAAUGUCACGAAAGCAGUCCGAAGAUGUGCACGACGUUAAAAUAACUCAGCCGAAGUUCGUACGUUGGAGCGACACGUCGAAUGUGCCUGGCACGUUGGACGAAGAUGCCGAGCUGGAAGUAAGCACUACUCGGUUCUGUGUGUGUUUGUCGGCUGAGUGCGAGGCGGCCGCUCACGCGGUGGUCACUCCUCUUGUCCGGUCUCUGUCCACCAUGACGUCGUUAAACAACUACCUGGCCAGCGCAAGCUCUUUUCUGCCGCUGUUCGCAAGAGCAGUCGUGCAGUCGCAAACACUACGGCACCUAAUCGUCUACGUCCGUCCGCUACCUCUGCUUCCCCAGCGAGUGAUGUCCCCUCACACGAGUCUGCCGCUACCGCUGUCGCUGUCGCCUCCGUCGUCUAACUGA